UAUAACUUUAUGAAUUUUAGGCUGUCGUGAAAUGAAUCCGCGAAUUUUUCCGGUCUCUAGAGUUACCGUGGCGAACUUCGCCCUCGGUCCACUCCCUCCCUAGUGUGCUGAUAUCACGCCGGUCUGGAGAUACAGCAGCACUUGUCUGUCGGCGCGCGCCACAGGCGCCAUGACCGACAGAGCUCCCGCCUUGAAGCUCAACAACAACAGGGAGAUGCCCAUCAUCGGCCUCGGAACCUUCAUGGCGGCGAGCGAAGUCAUCGAACCCAUGGUGGACGCAGCUCUGGAGGCCGGCUACAGGUUCAUCGACACCGGCUACUGGCACUGCAACGAGGAAGCCAUCGGCUCAGCCCUCAACAAGUGGCUGCGCUCCGGCAGGAUCACGAGGGAGGAGCUGUUUAUAGCCACAAAGAUGCCCAGCACUGCUAACCGAGCCGAACUUGUGGAGGAAAGCUUAAAAAAGUCGCUGGAAGCACUCCAGCUGAGCUAUAUCGACAUGUAUAUAUUACAUUUUCCGUUUGGUUACGAAUAUCUUGACCUCCAACAGAGGUUAUGCGUCGUUGACAAUACCACCGACAUCGUAAGCAUUUGGAAGGCGAUGGAACAACAGGUGGAAGCAGGAAGGACUCUUUCCAUCGGGUUAGCCAGCUUCAACGCCCGACAGCUGAAGCGCAUAGUGAAGGCAGCCAGAAUCCCGCCAGCCGUUCUGAUGAUCGAGUUGAACGUAUACCUACAGCAGAAGGAGCUGGUGGGAUUCUGCAAGGCGCUGGACGUGGCGGUGUGCGCCUACGCCCCGCUGGGUUCGCCCGACCUGCCGUUGCUCAUGAAGAUGAUGGGAUUCGACUCAGAAUCAAUCCCCGCCCUGAACGCGCUGAGUGACCCGGUGGUGUUGAGCAUAGCCGAGAAACACAGCAAGACAGCAUCACAGGUGCUCCUGAGGCACAUUGUUCAGAGAGGCAUCGCUGCAGUGCCCAAAAGCAUGCAUCCUAGUCGUAUCAAGGAAAACUUCCAGGUGUUCGACUUCGAGUUGGAUGACGAUGACAUGGACAGAUUGUACGUGCUCGAUAAGGGAAGACGAGCUCGGAUGUACAACACCUCUAUUUUUCCUGAGUAAGUGCAUAGUAUUAUGCUAAUCCAGACUACGAGUUGUGGCUAUUAAAUAAAGAGACUGAUGCUGUAAAAAUA